AGUAAUAAAGCGGGCAGCUCAAGCUAGCAAACUAUACCAAAUAUAUUAGCUUUAGCUUAUCCAUGUAGCCCCAGAGAUGACGCGGGCCAAAGAGUGACUAUAGCACAACAUUCCAGUGUGUUUUCUGACGGACUAUUAAGUCUCUUAUCACUUCGCGCGUUUAUUUUGAUGUUGUAGUAUUAAAUAAUCUCAGUUACCUCGAAAUACUGUAUGAAGCGGUUGAGCUUCACUGCACCUGCUGAAAGGGGUGGCGAUGACGUCAUCAACGCGAGACGAAUCGACUACUAAACGUUUCGACGAAGGACCCAAAACACGUGAACUGCGUGAGCUGCCUUGAGAAGAGACAUUUCAGAUUAUAGACACGAAAGACAUCGUUAUUAAAACAGAAAUGUCAUGUUUUAGUGGAGAUCUCAACUUCUGCCCUGAAUGUGGGAAUAUUCUUCCAGUGCCUGGAAGGGAAAACACUAUUACCUGCCCGCGGUGCUCUUUCAAAAUCCCUGUUCGAGAAUUCACAGGUCAAGUGAUUAAAUCAUCAGUGGUGUUUAAUCCUCUGGAUCAGAGCUCCAGCACUGUUGACAGCGGAGAGGAUGCUGAGCUGAAGGGGCCAGUGAUUGACAGGAGAUGUUCCCGCUGUAAUAAAGAAGGAAUGGUUUAUCACACAAGACAGAUGAGAUCUGCAGAUGAAGGACAGACGGUCUUCUUCACAUGCAUACACUGCAGGUUUCAAGAAAAGGAGGAUUCAUGAGAAACAUUGCUGCUGUUAUUGACAUUUAAAUGUAUAGGUUAUCAGAAUUUAAAUAAUGUGAAAUAUUAAAAAAGGAUUAUGUACAUGUCUUCAAUGUUAUUAAAAAGAAAAGAAAAAAAGAA